AUACCGUUCAUUGCAAGUGGAAUCAUGUCGGAUACGGAUCAGUCUGCCUCCUUCGUCCUCCAGACAGCUGGCUUCGACGCCCGCUUCCCCAACCAGAACCAGACCAAGCACUGCUACCAGAACUACAUUGAUUAUUACAAGUGCAUCGCUGCUAAGGGCGAGGACUUCCCGCCUUGCAAGCAGUUCUUCCGCGCGUUCAACUCGCUGUGCCCCAAUUCAUGGAUCGGUCAAUUCGAUGAGCAGCGCGAGAACGGCACCUUCCCUUCUUCCCUGGAGCCUUGAAGCACUUCGUACAUUAGAAUGCGCUCCCUUGCCCUGUUCUCUUCACCAAACAGCCUACAAUGUGCUGUAAACCUCAUCCCUGGAAUCUAUCUCUUCGAAUGAAA